ACUCUACGAGUCCGGGGCUUGGGGGCCAAUGGCUGGGCCAACCCCGCACUGCUGUGUGUCCCUGACCACGAGGCCCCUCUCCUUUCUUCAGUGGUGUUCUGCAUGAGCUUCGUGCAAGGAGAAGAAGAGACCAACAAGAUACCUGUGGCCCUGGGCCUCAAGGGAAAGAAUCUGUACCUGUCGUGUGGGAUGAAGGACGGGAAGCCCAUCCUGCAGCUGGAGUCAGUAAAACCCAAUACUUACCCAAAGAGGAAAAUGGAAAAGCGAUUUGUCUUCAACAAGCUGGAAAUCAAUCACAAGUGUGAAUUUGAAUCUGCAAUGUACCCCAACUGGUACAUAAGUACCUCUCGAUCAGAACUUCAGCCCAUCUUCCUAGGAAAUACCAGAAGCAGUGAGAAUAUUACUGACUUCAUCAUGGAACUCGCCUAA